AACAGUUUAAUUCAUUCCCAAUCAGGCUCCUUCAUCAAGCUGUCAGCAUUUCUGCUUCAUUUACAAGCCAUUGCAGACGUACUGCUUAGCAAUAAAUCAUCACAUCUCUUGAGGAGAAGUAUAGUUUAUCGUUCAUCCAAGAAUUUUGUCCCUUAAAAAAGGCUAAAAUGAAAACCAAGUUUAUAAACGGGGUUUCUUCUUCGCCCUCCAUGUCGCUGGGCCUGCUGGUGACCGACAACGUCCUUCAGGUCCAGCCCAACACCCAGGAGGUCUGGAAGGACCUGACCCGCUCCGACAGCCCCGACCAGGACACACGGAGGAUGGCUUACCGCUGGUGUAAGGAGUUCCUCAAUGGAUUCUGGAGAAGCCUGGCAGAGGACGACUUCAAAAUCACCAUCAUCAGGGGUGGGCUGAGCAACAAGCUCUUCCUCUGCAGCCUCCCAGACGGCGUGGACACGGUCGGGGACGAGCCAAGGAGCGUCCUGUUGCGCCUCUACGGAGCCAUCCUACAGAUGUCCUGUAAUAAAGGGGAAUCCCAACAGUCAAACAAUGACCAUCACGUUCAAGGGGCAGAGGCCAUGGUGCUGGAGAGUGUGAUGUUUGCCAUCCUGGCAGAGAGGGAACUGGGACCUAAGCUCUACGGUAUUUUUCCUCAGGGACGACUGGAGCAAUACGUGCCGAGUCGUAAGCUGGACACCUGGGAACUGAGUGAAGCCAACAUUUCAGCAGAGGUUGCGGACAAAAUGGCCAAGUUUCAUGGAAUGAGGAUGCCCUUCAACAAGGAGCCCACGUGGUUGUUUGGAACCAUGGACAAGUACCUGAGCCAAGUACUGAGGCUCACCUUCACUCGAGAGUCUCAGCUGCGUCGCUUCAACAGCCUGCUGAGCUGCGACCUGCUGCAUGAGAUGGACUGGCUCAAGUCUCUGCUGGAGUGCACCAGAUCUCCGGUGGUGUUUUGCCACAAUGACUGCCAAGAAGGAAACAUCUUGCUGCUGAACUGCCGCCACGAGUCGGACAAACAGAAGCUGAUGCUCAUCGACUUUGAGUACAGCAGCUACAACUACAGGGGAUUUGAUCUUGGCAACCAUUUUUGUGAGUGGAUGUAUGACUACAACUGUGACCAGUUUCCUUUUUUCAAAGUGAACCCUCAGGCGUAUCCUUCCAAGGCUCAACAGCUCCACUUCAUUGAACACUACUUACGUGCGUCUGAUGGAGACUUUGACAACCUGAGUGUGGAGGACCAACUGAAGAUGAAGGAGGAGCUGUACGUGGAGGUCAACAGGUUCUCUCUUGCAUCCCACUUCUUUUGGGGCCUGUGGUCCAUCAUCCAGGCCCGCCUCUCCACCAUCAAGUUUGGAUAUCUGGAGUACGCCCUGGCCAGGUUUGACGCCUACUUCCAGCACAAGAAGAUGUGGGCUGUCUAACCACGGAGACGAUGAAAGAUUCCACGCUGAAUGACGCUCUGCAAUGAGAGCGUUUGCCGGCUAUAUGCUCGCUGCUGGUGCUGGUGGCGUGCGUGCUACACUCUACUCUACUCUACUCUACUCUACUCUAAUGUACUUUACUGUACUGUACUGUACAUUGUCACGCAGCUUCUGUAUUCCUCCGUUCCAAUCACGGAUAGAUAAGAGUAGGCUGUGUGACCUGCAGGGAGACCAGCCAUUAACAUUGCAUCAGGAAUAUAUGCAGUAUGUCCACAUACCAUACAUAUACUAUACAUAUACUGUACAUAUACCAUACAUAUACUAUACAUAUACUGUACAUAUACUGUACAUAUACUGUACACCUUGCUCUAUGCUGAUGGCCAUCUCACAUUUCUAUACACGUUUUACCUUGACAUUAUUUGCUGUCCACACCACUAUCUCCUAGUCUUAAUCUUAUUCUUAGUCUUUCCAAGUACGUCCGUAUCGGCACAGGCAGCUACACUACCUGUACGUCCAGGCUCGAUCAUCAAAGUGAAAAGAGUCAUUCAUGACUUGUCGUCACUGUGACUUCCUCCACCAAGCACAUUCUAGAAAUAUCUUUUCAGAAACACGGCAGCAGCAAACAUGGACAUUUGACAAGAAUACAUUUUACCAACAAUUUCAACUUUAAACUUCCUUGUCAUAAUUAUUUACAUCAUCCACCCCUUUUCAAUGUCGCUUCUCAUUAGGGUCGCACGGGUAUGCUGGAGCCUUCACAGGUAUGCUGACGUUGGGUGAGAGGCGGGGUACACCCUGGACUGGUGUCCAGCCAAUGGCAGGGCACAUAUAAACAACCAAUCACAUUCAUACCUAUGGACCAUUUAGAGUCUCCAAUGAAGCUAACAUGUAUGUUUUUGGAAUGUGGGAGGAAACCGGAGUACCCAGAAAACCCCCCCACACACGGGGAGAACAUGCAAACUCCACACAGAAAUGCCCAAGGGAGAAUCCAACCCAGGUCUUCCCAUCUCCAGGCUGUUCCUGUGUUGGCUAACAUGCUAACCACAUGCACAUCAUAUUUUCACCUAAUUCUGGUCUUCCAGACCCUAAUUUUCCAAAAAUGUUGUUGCAGUUUCUUGGAAUGUUUCAACUUUUUUUUUUUGUUCCAACUUUUUUCUCGACAUUUUGAUGUGAUUCUUGUGAAAUUACUGCAGAUUUUGUCCAUGUUUGCUGUUUUUUUUUGUUUUGUUUUAAGUUUUCUUGUUAAAUAGUAUGGUAUGGGGGCCAAUAAAAAAGGGGGGCCCCCACUUGAUGUAGUAUUAUAGCAUGUUCUAAUUCAGGGCUCCCCGGCCUGCGUGGGGGCCAACUGGUCCCUGGUCAGGUCAAUUCAUCUGUGUGGGACUCAAAUGAAAUGUAACAGGAGGCUCUUGAGCUUGCUUAAAGGAAGUUGCUCUUCAUUUGGGCAGGCAGUAGCCAAAAGGGAAGGCGGGGGUGCUGAGUUUGAGUUCCCUUUUCUUCUCAUAAGCACGCAUUGCACAUAAGCUAAGGCUGCAUGGUGAUGUUAAAAAAUAAUAAUUUAAAGGCACUUUGGCGGUACCACUGGAGGUGCAGCUAAUGUGGCUCACACAAGUACACCAUAUUUGAGUACCAUCUUGUGGUUCAAGUGUGAAUUACACCUCAUGUCAAUAAUGAGUGGGAAAAAAAUGGUCUCCAAAAAUGUUGCCGAUAAUAUCGCUUAUUGGCGAUAAUUUGUAGCACUUAAGGACCAGCAAUAUUUGUGGUGACAGGCCUUGUAUGUACAGCAUGCAGGCACACAGCAGCAGCCAGUAUUCAUGCUGAGCGUCAUGUGACAAAGCCCUAAAAAUGUGAUCUGCUAGAUCGCUACAACUUGGCAUAGGCACAAUUACCUCAUCUUUUCCUCUGAGUGCUUUGUUUGGCGUCAUGUUCACACAAUGGAGGGAAGCCACACCAGUUUGUGUGACGCUGGAACCAUCCGGAAGUGUUGGGAUGUCCGGUGGAGCAUCUCAAAGCUUCUACUUGAGUGUUUUUUUUUCCACAUUAUGUAGCGUCUAUUCGACAGUGUCUCUGUUUAUGUGUUGAGUUUGCAUCCUAGUCUGUGUUCUUCAUUCUUUUUCAUUGUGUUUAUUGGUACAUUUGGUGCAACUGGGCAUUUUUGUAUUUCAAUGAUUCUCCUCUGGGGUGUCCAAACAUUUUCCACCAGAAAUAUGAACGCUUUUCCUGAUAUCCUGACAUGACAUCAAUAUUUUAUACAGUACAUUUUUUUCCCCCAUUUUUUUUUUGGACACAAUCAGUCAACUUUUUAUGUUUUGUAAUCUACAGUUGUUUUUUUGUGAUAAGUCAAAACAAAUCUAAUAAUGGACUACUUAAAAAAAAAGUUUUGUAACCUAAAUUUAAUCAAAUAAAUCAUAAAUUCCUAGUUAAUGUGAUUUUUUUGUGAGGUGGGGGUUACUCAAAUUAAUUUAAAAGUGAUAUAAAAACUUUUAUUUUUUGCAUUAGUCAAUUUUCUUUUAAAGUGCAAAAAAAAAAAACAUUUUCCACCAGAAAUUGUUUUGCUAUGACGUCAAUAUUUUGUACUUUAUUUUUUUUUUGACACAAUCAAAUAUAUGAAUGAAGUUUUUUUUUUAUGUUUUGCUAUCUACAAUUUAAUAAAUAAUAAAUUCCUGGCUAA